AGCGUCCCGUCAAUCAGGGGAGACGUCAGGCGGCUCGGCAGCAGGGUAGAUGGAUCCGGGUAGUUAAGGGCGGGCGGGCGGCGGAGUGAGUGUCGCCGUCGCGGCUGAAGGGGGGAAAAAAAAUAAAAUAAUUUUUUAUUUUUUAAAACAAAAGAAACGACAGUGCGCCCGGGAGCUGAAACUGUGAGGAAGAUCGGCUUUCAAACUAGCGAAGAACAAAAAAAAACCUCGAAGUCUUUUGAUAAAUCUAUAGAACUACAUAUUCUUUAUAUAUAUAUAUCUCUAUCUACCGAGUGAAACACGAGAAGAGGAGAGGGAGAAAACAAAACAAAAACCGAUAAGAACUAUGGUGGGGGAAAUGGAAACGAAGGAGAAGCCGAGACCGACUCCCGAUUAUUUAAUGCAGCUGAUGAACGACAAAAAAUUAAUGUCGAGUCUGCCCAACUUUUGUGGGAUAUUCACGCAUUUGGAGCGGCUGCUGGAUGAAGAAAUAAGCAGAGUACGAAAGGACAUGUAUACUGACACAAUGAAUGGCCUUGUAGACAAGCUGCCAAUGGACCUACCAGAACCCAUAGGACCUAUUAUGCAGUUACAAGAAAAAUUAUUUGUGCCUGUGAAAGAGUAUCCAGAUUUUAAUUUUGUUGGUAGGAUCCUUGGCCCAAGAGGACUCACAGCAAAACAGCUGGAAGCAGAGACUGGUUGCAAGAUCAUGGUUAGAGGGAAAAGUUCAAUGCGGGAUAAAAAGAAGGAAGAACAGAACCGAGGCAAACCAAACUGGGAACAUCUCAAUGAAGAGCUCCAUGUGUUAAUAACAGUUGAAGAUACGCAAGAUAGAGCAGAAUUGAAGUUGAGAAGAGCUGUUGAAGAGGUUAAGAAGCUACUGGUUCCUGCUGCAGAGGGGGAAGACAAUUUGAAGAAGAUGCAGCUGAUGGAGCUAGCUAUUCUUAAUGGAACAUACAGAGAUGCCAAUAUCAAAGCACCUACCCUUGCCUUUUCUCUUGCAGCAACGUCACAGGGUCCACGGCUGAUAACUGGACCAGCUGCGCCCAUGCUUCCACCAGCUGCCUUGCGUGCCUCUACGCCAGCUGGUCCUGCCAUAAUGAAUAUAAUUAGGCCAAUUCAGACAACUGCAGUUAUGCCUAAUGGAACCCCUCAUCCAACUGCCUUAGUGCCAUCUUCUCCAGAAGCUGGUAUAAUUUAUACAGCACCCUACGAAUAUCCAUAUGCUCUGGCACCAGCUGCAUCUUUACUGGAAUAUCCAAUGGAGCCAAGUGGGGUUCUAGGUGCGAUGGCAACUAAAGUUCGGAGGCAUGAUUCGCGUGUCCAUCCUUACCAAAGGGUUGUGACCGCAGACAGAGACCUUCAGGGCUGGAUGAAUCCAAUGGUCCUGGGUCCUGGACCCUACAAAAAUCUGGCAGGACCACAAUUCAAAUUGUACGAGACCAAAGGAUCACCAUCUCAACAGUACCCAGUUCCUAACUACCCAGCUGCCACAGGCAACUAACCCAUGACCUUUGACCUCUGAACUCUUCACCCAAUGAUGACCUGACCAUGCCUGCCUGCUGAUCAGUUAACUGGUUAUCGCCUAUGCUUGCCUGUCUUCAAUGCAGCGAGCUGAGGCACUGUCUGUUCGUCUCGUUACCUAACUGCGUUUUUAAAAAAAAGUAAAAGCUCCAGCCACAGCUUUUCUGGUUGGGUGAAUGUGUGGUACCAGAACCUGCACUGAAUAAUACUAAAGCAAUAAGUCCAGUUCAUCCCUCACCACUGUUUCUCAGUGAUCAUCUCUUAAAGAUUCUCCCUAAAGAAUGGUAAGAAAGGUCUCCUAACAGCACUGGCAGGGGAUUGAGCGGUGUACAGGCAGUUGCCAUGGACAAAUGUGAUGGACAUCUGAUGUAAUUUAUGUAGUAGUUAAAGUCUUUGAAAGCAUUUGUGAUUCAUUAUGGAUGGACCUUGAGUCAGGUAUAUUGGGGGAGAGUUCGAUACUGACAGUACAAAAUAAUAUUGACCUCUACAAUUAAGGACAAAGAUUUAAAAGUAUCUCGUGUACAGAACCUUCGUUUUUUUGCCAAACACUUUUCUAAGGCCACUUCUGACUUUUUUGAAUCGUACCAGAAUUAAGAUGCCGUUUAGUAUUAUAAGCAGCUAAGCAAAGUUUCUAGGUUAUUGAAGCUAUUGAGAAAAGCAUAAUGAAUAAGAUUAUCAAUGAAUUCAACUCCUUGGAUCAAUCAAUAUUUUUUUAAAAGGGAUAGUUUCUCCUGUUCAGAUUUAUUUUACUUUGUAGCUUUGCAACCACUGUCUUUUGCCCAAUUGAUAAAAUAAUCUGCAGUGUGAAGUUCUCCACUCUGAUGUUCUGUUUGAUCAGUAAAGUUUCUGUUAAACCUUACCCUGUUUCCCCAAGAACGUUCAUGUUCACAAUUGUUCUUAGUUUAAAUUUGACUCUGUCUAAACCUAGACAUCUACUGCCAGUGCUACCUGUCCACAGGGACAAUCCACAGUGUCAAAAAGUUUCAAAAAUAGCUGCUGGGGUCUGAACUUUUUUUUGUUAAAGCAUCUAACAUCCGCAAUCACUAUUGUGCAUGUUAGAUGAAAUGUACCUGACAAAGUUUUCCCCAACAUAUUUAAGGUCUUUAUUUCGUUUGAGCUUCCUACGUUUAUCCAAUGUAUUAGUCUUGUACUUUGAGCUCAGCUUGAUUUUUAAGUGCAACCGAUAACUUUCGUACUGUUCACAUAUACCUUGACACUGAGGUGCAUUCAUAAUGUGUCAUGUUUCUGGAUGCAAAAAAACUGUUUCUAAUUCUCUCCAUAAAUAGACACUUCUUUUAAGAAGGAUGUGAAAGCCAUGCUUGCCUAUUCUAUUUGCUGUAUACAUGUUAUUAAAGUGUAGAUAAGUACAGUGCAUUUAAACCACAGAGGAAAACUAGAUACUUUUACAGGGUGCUGGUGAAGAAAUAUAUAUUUUUGACAAUUUAGCUUUUUAUACUUACUUGCAGUAACAAAAUACAAAAAAAUUUUUAAAAAAGUAAUGGAAGUGAUACUGGAUGGUUGUAAACAAAACAGAAGACCAAAACAGUGUAUCUAGUGUUUUGCAGGGUUGUGGGUGAGAAGAGAGGAGCAUAAAGAAAGCAAAAUAGUGCCUUAUAUCUGCCUGGUCAAUUUGUAAGUGUCUAACAUAUUGUUUGACCUAAGUAUGAUGCAUGCCAGUCCAUCAUUGGAGAGGAGGGAAGCAGUCUUUAUUGGCAAAAAAAUUCAAAAGAUGAUAGAACAGUAUGAGGACAGUUGUGUGAAGCUACUCAAGUUUAGGCCUGUCUGAAGAAUUCAGUUCAUUGAUUCUAUGCAACAAGUGUGAAAUAGUUUCUCAACUAGUUUGUAUUUUGUGCCAUUUGUCUUCCUAAGUUUAUACCUUCAAUUUUCUCUGUGCCAUUUUUUCAUAAAGUCGUAGCCUUUUUUGAGUAAACAUUCUAAGCAAAUGUUUCCUAUUAGUCACUUACAAAAUGAAGGCCGCCUUGGCUUAGUUUUGCCUAAUUAAUUAAAAAGCCAACAAACCAGCUGUUAUCAUUAAACUGAAAUGCUGCAGUGUUUGACUUCAGAACAAAGCGCAUAAGAACAAAUUUGAAACCAUCUCCAAUGUGUUUAUUACUUGCUGCCCUUCAAUGUUUUAAUUUUUGUCAGCUUUCAUUGAGUUUAUACAAAUAAUGUAAACUCUUUUGUCAGUGUUAUUUUUGUAACCAAAACAUUGAAAGUUUUCUUAACAGUAUUAUGUAUUCCCUCAGUUACAUUAAGGGGUGUAGUUCAAAGACAUUGCUGUUACGUGAUGGUUGGUCAAAUGCAAAGCAAUUACAUAUGCUGUGUACAAUAUUCAACAUAUUGCCUACACACAUGUAUAGUAUUGUAAUUACCACCAUUGUUACAAGUUUAUAAUGUAUUUUUCUAUCUUCAUUUUGUAUGUAUAUUAUAUACUAUAUACAUUUUUUGUUCCCAAUUUGAGGCCCUGUGGUUUUGAUAGCCAGAAACUCUUGCAGAUUCAUUGUAAUCAUCUAUCAUUGGGAGUGUUGCCUUUUCUGACUUGUUAACUCAUUAUCCAUUUAAUAAGUUUCUUGUUAAAAAUGUUUUUACAUGCUUGCAUUUUAUUUCAUGGUGUUUGCUGUUUCUAUUAACCCUGGCAUUUAUUUUAAUAAACGUUACAGUACAAAUCUACUAACUGCUGAAUAGUUUGUUUUUAACACUUGAUAAACAGUCUGGUUCACUGGACUAACCUUUUGAAGAGUAUAAAUUGCUCUUGAGUACACACACGCACAAAAAAUAACACUCGCUGAAAGUUGCUCCAAGUUAUGUGCUACGUCGUCUUGUGACUUACUUGCACUGCACAAAAAGUAAACAGCGGCAUUCAGAAUUGAGUGGAGCCUGGAGGGUGAUGUGUACAUUGUCCCUUCAAGGUCGGGAACAAAGUAACAUUUCUUUUUGAGAUAUCUGUCCAGUCUUGUCUAUUGCCUACCAGCUAAAGCACCUUCUCUGUGUACUAAUGUUGGACCUGGCCUCUGUGCUUUCUUCCUUCUUUCAACUAAUGCAGGAGGUAUUUGUUCAUAGAGGCACACAAGCAAUGAUUGGGGGUAGGUAAAUCAAAGUCGCCUUUUGGUGGGUGGGAGUGGAAGAGUUUUAGAUGGGAGUUGGAGGCAGUCACGUAGUAAACUAGUCCUUUGACUACUGAGUCUGAAAUGUAAUAUGCUGUAAAAUGGCCUGCUUUCAAGUGUUUUUAUAUUAUGUAAAUUGAGAGGGAAAGAAUAAGCACUGAAGAUCUAAUACAGUACAUUAACAUUUGGGGAAUCUCAAUGCAGUCAGCCCAUGCCUGCAAAUUCACUUUAAGAUAAGAGUAUGCAUAAAUAAUAUUGUUUGAAACUGUAUAUAUAAAAGUAGUAUUUAUAGUCAAAUUUGAAAUUCACUUGUCUGUAACUUCUACCAAAAGGAGCUCUCCUGUACGCGUGCAAUAAAAUGACUGUUAAAACUGGAA